GACGAAGAAAGACGAAAAUAUUCGCUUGUGGUUGGUUGACGUUUGCGUUUGGGUUCGCUUGCCUGGUGCCCAUCGAAAAAGUGUUUGCAUUCCCUCCGUCGUACACUUUCUUUGUCGCUGGCUGCGAAAACAGUGCUAGGUGCAUUGGCAUCCGCCACCGGGAAGCUCCCCGCCGCCGUGUCCGCGUUCGAGCAGUUGCAUACCACCGUCCGAACGCUCUCCGAGGGUGUGCGCCGAUUCGCUGUCGGGGGCCGACGACGCACAGUUGGUAUGUCCCAGGAGGAGCACCCAGCAAUCGCUGCGGCUCCAUCCCUUCCGCACCUUGCACCGAUGCUGCAGUGCAUUGGUGCGGGGGGCGGUGAGACGGAUGGCGAUCCAACGGCAACACUUGCCGCGGCAGCAGCGGCCGCAUCGACCGCGUCCGCUAUCGCAGGUGUAUCCGUUGCGCUGACGGAGCCUGCGUCGGACCCCACCAUCACGCCGCUCGGUCCAUCGCCGCCAGCCUCGAUCGUGAACGGUGCCGUGGGGCCCGAAGUAGCCGCCGCUGCCGCCGUCGGCGCGUUGCCAGACUUCCAGCACUACGACGAAAGCGAGGACGAUGCGGAGGAUCCGUACCAUUCAGAGUCGAUCAGCAUCGAGCGAAUACGGCAGUAUCUGUCCGACAAGCUCGGUUUCCAUACGGGGGACGGGUUCGAGAAUGAGAACGGUUCGGGUGGCGCUGCCCGACGGCGGGUGCUGGAAACGGUCGACAUUGACGGUGUGCUAAAGCACUGGAAAAGUGGAGGCUUCAAGAAGAUCGUCACCAUGGUCGGUGCCGGUAUAUCAACCUCCGCUGGCAUUCCAGACUUUCGCUCGCCCAACACGGGACUGUACAACAAUUUGAUGAAGUACAACCUGCCGUACCCGCAGGCCAUCUUUGAGCUGGAGUAUCUGCACCAGAACCCGAAACCGUUCUUCACGCUCGCCAAGGAGCUCUACCCGGGCACGUUCAAACCGACACCGUCGCACUACUUCGUGCGGCUGCUCGAGCAGAAGGGUUUGCUGGUGCGCCACUACACGCAGAACAUUGACACGCUGGAACGUAUCGCUGGCAUUCCGGAGGAUAAGAUAGUGGAGGCGCACGGCACAUUCUACACCAACCACUGUCUGGAGUGCAAGAUCGCGUACAGCUUGGAGUUUGUAAAAGAGAAAAUUUUCGCCGACGAAGUACCGACCUGCCCGUGCGGUGGCGUGAUCAAACCGGACAUCGUGUUCUUUGGCGAGGGUCUGCCGGAGCGGUUUCACAUGCUGCCCCACCAGGACUUUGCCGAGUGCGAUCUGCUGAUCAUCAUGGGCACGUCGCUAACGGUGCAACCGUUCGCCUCCCUGGUCGAGUACGUCAACGACGAUUGUGUCCGGUUGCUGAUCAACCGGGAUAAGGUCGGGUGCAACAGUUUCGGCUUCCUCCGCUCGAUGGUGUUCGGCGAGGGGCUGUGCUUCGAUCUGCCCGGCAAUCGGCGUGACGUCGCCUGGACGGGUAACUGUGACGAGGGGUGCUUCUUCUUAGCCGACCAGCUCGGAUGGGGUGAUGAGUUGCGAAAGUUAGUCGAAACGGAGCACGCAAAAAUAAAACCGAUUCGACCAAUUGCCACGAACGCAAUAGCAGUGCCGGACGGCACGGUCGUUGAUAUGGAACCGACCACAGACAUUCACCAUACCGACGAUCACUGUCUGGUGGACGAUGCGGAAUGUUUGCUGCCGGAGGACGAACACUUUAACGAUGUUGCCGAUGGUCUUUCAGGGCAGGGCGGUGGUGUGGUGGUGUGUGCCGGCGCCGGUGUUGAUGACAGCGAGGGAAGCGUCCAAGCAAUGGCCACCGAUCCGCACCACGACCAUGAUGAACCAACCGUGCUAGAGCCUCAUCAUCCCAACCAUCCUCAUCAUCACCAUCAUCAUACUACGGAACCGAAUAGCCAUCAUCAUCAUCAUGCACAGCUGCACCAUCAUCAUGCCCAUCAUCAGCAUCAUCCCGAGCAGCAGCAGCAGCAGCAGCACGAAAAGAUGGAGGAGCAUCAUGACGAUGAGGAGGUGGUGGUCGAGCAGCACCCGAAGACGACGACGAUGGAAGAUAAAACUUAACUCCAAAAGCUACUCCAACGGGGUAAGAAGAGGGGUCAGUCGCUGCAACAGCUGCAUGCACGAUACACAAACACACCCCCACACCCACACCUUAACAAAGAAAUGCUGCGAUGCGAAGAGAAAAACGCUUCCACAAUUUACCACAAAACGAAACACGCGUCGGAGCAGAAAACAGAUAAGUAAACAUCAAUCCCUUCUUACAACUUUAUUCCAUUUUUCCGCGAUACGCUUUCGAGAAGUCAAGUCCCCCCCCAACACGUUUGGUCCUUGGCUACAAACACUAGAAAUUUUGCACCCUUUUUAAAGAACAGCACCACAUACCACAUGCUAAUUUCAGUUUUUAACAAAAGCCGAAAUUAAAGAUUAAGACACACAUGCACACAAAAACAAGAAAAACAAAACAACAAACCGACGACAACUGUCCCUAAAACACGAUCGCGAUUGAAAUGAAUAUAAAUAGGAUUAAAUCAAAGAAUUAGGGGAGUCAAACGGGAUAAGAGAGAAACAUAAAGAGAGAGCGAGAGAGAGAGAGAGAGAGAGAGAGAGAGAGAGAGAGAGAGAGAGAGAGAGAGAGAGAGAGAGAUAUUUAAGGAUUCUUUAGCAAAGAAUAAGCGUUUUUCGUGUGUCUCUCCAUACUUGGGGAGCUUACCGAAAAGGUUAUAUUUUUACAAACGCACUCCAAUUCGUUUCUAUUUCGGUUCUAAAAUAUGUUUUUUUUUUUUGCAUUACCGAUGUACAACGCCAUCGUAAUGUAUGGGUUUCUCCGUUCAAUGUGUACUGAACAGUUCAAAUUGCCUUGCAUUGGUAGCGAUCGUUCUAUUAAAAAAAAAAACAGGGUUUUUGCGGGCCACCACCUUUCCACAGCCCUGCGUAUGAGGGGGCGGCUUGGUCCCCUUUCUAGAUUUGAUCCCAUGGCGGGCUUGCUGCAGAGUCGCGUACGUACAGCUCGACGACUGUACCAAACUGAACCGAUGACCAACUUUUAAACAGUUUAAGUUUAUUACAAAAAAAAAAACAAUAUAUCAUCCAACAGCGUAGCGGAAUUUGGGGCAAGUGUGCCAUAUGGGGCAAGAGUGCCACCAAGCAUUUUUCCUUGAAAACUGUAGUUUAAUGAUUAAUUUUGUAUACAGUUGGUUGCUUUCCAAUGACUAGGUAUUCUGAGCCUAAUUUCAUAUAGACCAAUCGAUAUUUCCCAUUGUUUUGAACUGAUUUACAUUGAGUUUCAAAAUUGAGCAGAAUAUUACAAUUUUUUAAUGCAACCAAAUAAGCUCUCAAAAAUCAUGCGAACAAUCAACCGAGAAAAUAUUUACACCACCGUAUAGCUGAGAAAACGUGAAAUUUUUUGUGGGGUUAGUUGAAAAAAACUUUUUUUUUGUCACUGAAAAAUUCAAUUUCAAAAAAGUUACAACUUUUGGGGCAAGUGUGCCAUCUCUGUUUGGGGCAAGUGUGCCUCCAUCUUUCAUAGGCGCGAGCUGUUAAAAAUGUAAACAUUGUUGUAGCGUGCUGCGGAAUGGUGCGCUAUUGUGAUCGGAUUCCACGCCAGAAAAACAGAACAGUAACAAACCUUAUUGUGGUACAAUUGGUGGUCAAAAAGGGUUCAUUGGUGACUAAAUACAUGUAGGAAUACAUGCACUAGUGGUACAAACGUAAUAAUUUCCAAUUAUCUAAGAAAUACGGUUAUUUUAACCAGGUGGCCGUCUUGCCCCAUACGAGUGGCACUCUUGCCCCAUAGCCCAAAAAAGAACGUCUUUUUGGACCUUUUUUAAAACGCUUCAAAAACUGUUUUGUUUGCACUUUUUUCAAGCGAAACUCAUUUAUAAGUGAGGAAAUAUAUGUAAAAUGGUUAUGAGAUUUAAAUCGGCUUUUGAAAAACACGUUUUAGUGAGUUGUAACUUGAAAUGCUUAAGGUGGCACACUUGCCCCAAGUUCCGCUACCACUGGUCAUACAAUCCUAGCCCUCCCUCCCUCCCUUGCUGUCUGAACGGAAGACGCCGCAACAACGAUCAGCAAGCUUGUCCUUCGCAUUAUCCAUCCGACAGUUCUUGUGACAUUUUAAAAAUCAACUCAAUCGACGAUAAGUACGGAAUUGGAUUAUGAUGAUGAAAGGGCAAUAUAUUUUUCCAAUUUCUUGCGUAAAGAAUGAAAACACUCUUUAUGAUGGAAAUAAUAGGGUAGAGGUUGGGUGAGAUUAUGGCAAAAAACAGGGCUGAUCCGAUGGGAAGCGAUGGAUAGUUUUUACACGGAUGUAACGAUAAUUCAAAAUUUACAUAACUUCUGCUAGAACGCGUGCGCCUUUAAGCUUUUGGGUUUCGGUGGACAACACAACUCAACGGAGAGGGUAGGCACGUGGACGUGAUGGUAAAAAUGCGAGACAUCAAUUACACUGAAACAAACACACACGGACAAGCAAACACGUGAUCGGACGAAAUGGAUAUAAAUAUUUAAAUAGAUGAAAGAAAACAUAGCGGUAUAUUAUUAUUUCUUUAUGCAGCAAACAAGCAGUCCAAUUUACGACGCAACUAUUUGUAAUAAACCUGGGGCUAAUACGAAUUCUACGACAGAA